GACAACGACGGUUUGCCUUGGGUUUGGAGUUUUUUAUUUGUCCAUUCGAUCAAUUCGUAACAUAUGAUUUUUCGCCGUCAACGAUUUUGGAUGCAAAACUCUCUGAGUGCUGUGGCCUGAGUGCAGUGCAAUACCUUUUUUUUCCAUCAACCGUUCGCUUGUUUAUUCAUUCUCGUUCGAUAUUCAAAUUUUGAUUCGUUUAACUUUUUUGUUUUGUUUCGUGUUCAUUAUCUGGUAACCACCUGCGUGUGUUUUUUUUUUAUUCUGACGACACAUAGAAAAAUAAAAAAAAUUGGUAACAAAAAUGCGACUCCAAGUGAUAUUCCCGUCUCUAGCUGUAUUGUCAGCAGUGAUAUUAACCAUAAUGGAUUUUAGUGGUAAAGCGGUGAGAGCACAAGAUAGCGAGCCAUUAUUCGAACUACCUGUACAAUUGGUCGGAUUUCCUGUCAUCAUUUUGGCCGUGCGAUUCUCAAAUUUUGUGAAAAAAUUGGCAUAUUCCGUUAACCCAAAAACCUAUCAAUCACGAGUUCGACGUGCGUCUUUGGAUUAUGAUUCGUCAAGUGAUGAAUUCACACCGCCAUCCGUCGAUAUCGACUAUGCCGAAAAGAAAAUUUUGAAUGAAUACGGUCCAAAGGCGUGUGUUAUCGAAGAGCCAUGUAAAGUGCACGCUUCGAGACCAGGACGGGCCGGUGCACAACCAGAUUGGGCCGAUAUUUUGAGAAAUUACAAGAUCCAACGAAGUGGUAUGAAGCAAUGGUACUUGCUGUCGGUGUUUCUUGGUGAUGUGAUCCGUGAUCCAACAUUAUGCAAGCGACUGGCCAAACGUAUUCCAUGCAAUAGGGACAUAACAAAAGCCCAUGUCAAAUACUAGAAUAAAUGCAUAAUUUAUUUCAUAGGUUUCAUAGGUUUUACUUUAGAAAAGUGCGUCUUUUUUGUAUUCAUCGAAAGAAAAAUUGUCUACCUUUUUGUAAAAAAAAAAAUUGUUACUCUUUUUUUAUGUAAUUUCUAAAACAAACAAAUAAAUUAUAAAUUGUGUACAUAAGUGAGAAAUCGUCCACGGUGCUCGAAAAAUGUUUUAAAAAUUAAA